UACAAAGACGCAGAAAGGUGCGCGUCUGCGCCAACACCUGGCUCUACACCCCGCUUCCGUAGGGCGGCACUGGGAAGUGGGCACCUGUCGGGUUCGGGCUCUGCGUGGGGCUGUCCUCUCCUCGGUGCGCUCUCGGCAUGGCCCUCUGUUUGGCGCCCGCUCUGCUGCUGCUUCUGGGGUCGCCGAGCUCUGCCGGACCAAACCGUUGCGUGGACGCGGCCGAGGCGUGCACUGCGGACGCGCGUUGCCAGCAGCUGCGUAACCAGUAUGUGGCUCAGUGCCUGGGUCGGGCCGCGCUCGGGGGCUGCCCCCGCACCCGCUGCCGCCGCGCCCUGCGCCACUUCUUCGCCCGCGGGCCACCCGCGCUCACCCACGCGCUGCUCUUCUGCCCUUGUGCCAACCCUGCGUGCGCCGAGCGCCGGCGCCAGACCUUCGUGCCCGCCUGCGCCUUCUCGGGUCCCGGCGGGGAGCCGCCCUCCUGCCUGGAGCCCUUAGACGCCUGUGAGCAAAGCAGGAUCUGCAGGUGCUGUCGGGACCCCGUUUCCUGGCCUUCCAGGCCUCCUGUACGCCAGCCCCGAGCGCCCCUGACGGCUGCCUGCCCGACCAGGCCCCCCACUGCCUGCGCGCCUACGCGGGCCUCGUGGGUACGCACAGCCGGGAACCGGGCGCGGGCGGCGCUCUCCCGGGGAUGCCUUCGCCUGCGGGGGCCGACUACCCCGCCCUCGGUCCCGCAGGCACCGCCCUCACCCCUAACUACGUGGACAACGCGAGCGCGCGCGUGGCGCCCUGGUGUGGCUGCGGAGCCAGCGGAAACCGGCGUGAGGAGUGCGAAGCCUUCCGCGGGUUGUUUACGAGGAACCUCUGCUUGGAUGGAGCCAUACAGGCCUUUGAGAGCAGCGGGCCCCCAAUCCUGCAGAACCAGCUAGAUAUCCACCAGGACCCUGAGAACAGCCUCCUGCAGGUUCAGAGCCAUGUCGGUGGCCUGCUGCUUCACUGAAAGGAGACUGGCUUACCUCCCAAGCUGGCCCAGUGCUCUUGCCAGGCUGUUCCUUGCAGGUCUGGACACCUCCUGUGACUGCCCCUGGAGCAAGGGAUGUAGGGUGAGGGCCUGGUGCAAAGCCCACUGCUACCUUUCAGUAGGUUUCUUGGUUGUAGGUCCCUUUCUCCAAGGUCUGUGGGGUCUUGGGAUCUCCUUCAGAGUAGGAAUGGGACAGGUUCAUUCCUGUGUAGCUGAGGCCUCAGUGGGGUCUGAGAUCACCUAGGGAAAGUCAGAGACCAUCCAAACUCCCAGAAAUAUAGGAAAUUUUAUCAGCCCCAAGUAGAUCAUGUCCAAAGGGGUCCAUCUGAACAGACUCCCUCCAACACUGCAGCCUUUAGUGGUACCCUCCCAGUUAGGCACUGCCUGUUACAGCCACCCGCCGGUGUUGGCCAAGCAUUUCCUUUCCAUGGUGUGCUGCUUGGUGGGCAUGGCCUGGAGUGAGAACCAAGUUCCCCGCAUUGCACAUCCAGCCAUCUUCCCCAUGGUUUACCCAGCACAAGGAACAGCACCCACAGCUCAAUAAACUGACAUGC